AAAUAAUUCAUUGUCCGCUGGAUCAUGGAUGCAAGACUGCUUUAUACUAGAAAAGCCUCUUUGGUUGAGUCUAGCAGUCCCAGUGUGCUGAAUUCAGGCUAAAGCCAUAGAGCUGCUUGUAGAUGGCAUGCUGGAACCGAAGAGGGCACUGGAGUGACCAUCUUGCACAGAAUAGUGCCGAUUGUCGACCAGAUUUCCCCUGUGCGCUGCCAGUGCAACUAGUGGUGAUGCCUGAGUGAUGGCCAGACGCUGCGCCCGAUCGAUUGUGUGCACAGAUUUGUGACUUCUGCGUGCAGUGCAUGUUCGUACCUCCAAGCCUGCCAGCACCGACAUUAGCACUGCAACUAAACUGAUACUUACUGUACGAGUACAAGUGGCAAGAACUGGAGCGGAGCACGAACGCUAGCAGCAGUAUUACUCCCGAGAGCUUGACACUGUCACCGUCAGUCGGCUGCGAUCAUUUUGGUUGUUUCUUGACCGGCCUUGGUCCUGGAGAAGCUCGAUAUUUUCUCCGUGCCUCCUACUAGUAUGUAGCAGCGAGAUUCAUUCUUGCUCUCGCAAGAUAGCUGCAAAAACCAGCCCAAGCUCGUGUUUUGUUGCGUAUUUUGCUCCACGUGUUUGUCCAAGCUGGCUCAUACUCAGUCAUAGCGUGUGCGAGCAGUUCACGCACUCCAGCCGCGCAGCUGACGAGCAGAAAUGGCGGGGAGACGGACAGGAGGCGGCAGCAGCGCCAGUGGCGGUGGGAAUCAGACCCGUGCGCUGCGUGUCCUUUCGACUUCCUCUGGCCCGCAUCAUCAUGAUCAUCAUGAUGACUGCAGCUGCAGGUGGAGGGGCGCGAUGUUACCUAGCAUUGUACUGCUUGUGUUGCUGGCAACGACGUCCACUAGUCGUGCGUUUGAUACUCGCGUUCAUUCUUUGGCAUGCUAUUGUGAUGCCAAUGAUGAAUGUGUGCGUAACAAUUUCACCUGCACCGUUGACGCGGAGUUUCGACACCCAGACCUAGACCACUGGGAAGGUGGCUGCGUGGCGUUUCGCCAACUGAGGCCGGACGGCACGGCGCCGUUGCGGCACAACUGCUUUGACGGGAUUAGCACGUUGCACUGCGCUACACUGAAGGACAUCACAUCGUUCUGCUGUGGGCUGAGCGACGGGCCCUACUGCAACCGGAACGUGAGCAUACCGGAGCCUGUUCGUCGUGCUACGACGUCACCACCGCCGGUAUCCACGGUGACGACGCGUGUCGAGGUGCACCACAACAACCAGGACAUCAUCAUACCGCUGUGCGUGCUGCUGUUCCUCUGCCUGGCCUGCAUCGCCGUCUAUCUGCUGGUGCGCUUCAAGCGUACGGGCAAGUGCCUCCCGUUGGCACUGGCCGGCGCGAACGGAAAACGCGGCGGCGCAAGCACAGCGGGUAACGCGCAUGGGUAUAGUGGUGGUGACAGUGGAAAUGACUCUGAGAUGUCCGACAUGUCCGAGUACGUGGUGUCGCGUCAGGUGGCGCAGCCCAAGGGUUUUCUGCCGCGGCCGCAGCAGCAGGGCGGCGCCGAGUCCGUGUCCGUGUCCGGCGGCUCGUCGUGGACGUCGGGCAGCGGGCACAGCUGCACGGCCUACUUCGGGCACCGCACCCUGGCGCUGCAGAUCGAGCUGCGCGAGUGCAUUGGCAAGGGACGCUACGGCGAGGUGCACUCGGGCGUCUGGCAGGGCGAGGACGUGGCGGUCAAGAAGUUCUACGCUCGCGACGAGCACUCCUGGGUGCAGGAGUCGCAGAUCUACAACUCGCGCAUGCUGAACCACGAGAACAUCCUGUCCUACUACGGCUCCGACAUGCUCUCCAAGGACGAUCGCACCGAGCUGUGGCUGAUCACGCAGUUCCAUCCGCUCGGCUCGCUCUACGACUACCUGCUUCACAACGACCUGGACGUUGAUACAACUCUGAACUUUGUCUACUCGAUGGCCAGCGGUCUGAACCACCUGCACGCCGAGAUCCGCGGCACCUCGGGCAAGUACAGCAUCGCGCACCGUGACCUCAAGGCCAAGAACAUUCUGGUGAAGAAUGACCGCACUUGCUGCAUCGCCGACCUGGGCCUCGCCGUCAUGCACGACCCGGAGUCGAGCGAGCCGCCGGACGUGCCCACGCACAAGGUGGGCACCAAGCGCUACAUGAGUCCGGAGAUGCUCACCGAGAAGAUGAACGUGUUCAAGUUCCACGCGUUCCGUUGCGCCGAUAUGUACAGCCUAGGUCUAGUGCUGUGGGAGACCGUGCGGCGCUGCAAGAUCAACGACUUUGCCUUCGAGUACAGCAUUCCGUACUUCGACAAGCUGCCCAACGAUCCAGACUUCCACGAGGUCCGCACGCUGAUCGUGGACGAGAAGUACCGGCCGCCGUUGCCGCACCACAUCAAGGCCGACCGACGCACAGUACCGCUAGUGCGCAUCAUGGCCGACUGCUGGCGCAUGAACCCGGAGGCCAGGUGCACCGCCCUGCGCAUCAAGAAGACGCUGUACUUCAUCCGCAAGAGCCGCGCCACCGGUGAUCCCCUACCGGCCGUGCAGGAGAACGAGGUGUUUGUGCAACCACAGGCCGUGGCGCUACCACUGGCCCCGGGAAAUCCUGGUGGCGGCGGCGGCGGGCCACAUUGCAUCGACAGCCAGACGUACUCUGCGUGUGGGCCCGACGCCGAUACCAUGCCCACGCUGAACGUGGACGUGGGCGAGUACCCGGAGGAGCGCUCCGACUCGCUCUUCUUGCCGGCGGCCAGUAUUCACGCGGCCCCGUCGAACAGCACCACGCUGCAGAAUCAAGCGCGGCCGGUCAUCAGCAGCCAGCAGGGUACUAGUGGUGCACAGCUCGGCGGCACGUCAGCUCUGACCACCAGCGGUGGUGGUCAUGGCUCGGACAUUGUCGACGAGAUUUCCAGCGCAUCCUCACUGCUUGCCGGCGGGUACAGUCAGUCUUCAGUCGGCGCCGUCUCCAUCACGAGUGACCGGGUUGUUGGCAAGCGACAAGAUUCGCAGCCGCCGAUGCCGGCACAUUCCAGUGCUGGCGUGGCAGGUGGUUGGCCAUCGAGGCCAGCGGAGGACUCCAUGUCCGCCGGCAGUGUUGGCGCUGGCGGCGGACGAGCGCCCCCAGCGAGGGCGGCGCCCUCAACACCCGCCAUGCUCGUGAUGGAACAAUCGACUGGCACAGCCACUAGCAGCGGUCAUCAUGUAUGCUUAGAGUCAUCCUGCUAGCAAUGGAUGAGCAGGUACUGCUGUGGACACGGAAAUCCGGUUGGAGCUCAAGCGGCCCAGGGCACUGGCCAUGCAGCCGUGAGUACGCAUACGAUCAACAAGUGCACUGCGUGCAACGUUCAGUACGCACUGCGGGCGCCGGCCGCGGUCAAUCGACUUGAUUUUUGCGUCCACAAUAGUACGGAUGGGUUGCAUUUAGUGCUGCUAGUACAGCCCUUCACAAGACCUAUACUAUGAAUAUCUUGAUCCACCUCGAAAUCCUAUCCUAUCCCUGCAAUGAUUUACUGCAGAGUCUAUUUCUAUUGUUCACCGGCUAUGCCAUUUCCCGUCCGCAAGCAUUCCUUUCUCCCCGUAUGAAGUAGACCAUGGAUUACCGUCUACAAAGGCCAUUUCUUCUCCUUCUCCUCCCGGCUGUCGUGAAUUUGUCGCGGUAUUUGUGCAACUCUUGUUGCACCUCUGUACUAUCACUACAUCUCGAGAUUUCCAUUGAGAAUUUCCUGGACGUUGAUGGCAGUGAUUUAAGAAAUCGCCAUAGUAACAUGUGACAGUUAUGGCGGCUCCAGUCUACGCUGCUGCUUCGCUUUCUAGUGCGAGAUUGUUUAUAUUCCUAUUGUCGACAGGUUUCAUAUAGUUUACCAAGGUUUUUUUUUGAUUUUCUAGAAUGAUAUUUCAACGACUUCUGAAAGAUUUUAUGAUGCAAAAUCGCCGCAAAUAUUCCAAGUUGACGCCGAGGCUAUGGCAAUCCUGUAUGACGCAUGCUUUGCCGUGUAACCUUGAUUUCAGUAGCAUUGUUUAAAAAGAAACCGUUCACCUUAUUCCUUUGAUUGGCGACUCCUGUCCUUGGAGGUCCAGUGAGGGUCCUAACUAAACUUUUUUCGUUUCGUGAAAAUUAUCGAUAAUGCCGGAUA